AUGCUGGCUGAAGACCGAGGGAGGAAGCACAGAGCCCUGGGCUCCAGGGUGCCCGUGAGGACGAGCGAACGCCCCGUGGGACCGAUGUCUUCCGUGGUGGCCUCAACCAAGGAUUCCAACGCCAUGUGCCCGAAGGCGGUGGAACUCGUCCUGGUCAAGGAGCAGAAUGGGGUGCAGCUCACGAACUCCACCCUCGUCAGCCCCCCGCAGCCCCCCGUGGAGACCCAGGAGCGGGAGACGUGGGGCAAGAAGGUCGACUUCCUCCUGUCGGUGAUCGGCUUCGCGGUGGACCUGGCCAACGUCUGGCGCUUUCCUUACCUGUGCUACAAAAACGGCGGGGGCGCUUUCCUGGUCCCCUACCUGUUCUUCAUGGUCAUCGCAGGCAUGCCGCUCUUCUACAUGGAGCUGGCCCUCGGGCAGUUCAACAGGGAGGGCGCUGCCGGCGUCUGGAAGAUCUGCCCGGUCCUCAAAGGCGUGGGCUUCACGGUCAUCCUCAUCUCGCUGUACGUCGGCUUCUUCUACAACGUCAUCAUCGCCUGGGCUCUGCAUUACCUGUUCUCGUCCUUCGCGGUGGCCCUGCCCUGGACCCACUGCAACAACACGUGGAACAGUGCGCGCUGCGCGGACGACCCCGCGGGCAACGCCAGCGGCCGGCCCGGCCUCAACCACAGCUUCCAGACCACGCCCGCCGCCGAGUACUUCGAGCGCGGGGUGCUGCACCUGCACGAGAGCCACGGCAUCGACGACCUGGGCCCUCCCCGCUGGCAGCUCACGUCCUGCCUGCUGCUGGUCGUCACCCUGCUGUACUUCAGCCUGUGGAAGGGCGUGAAGACUUCCGGGAAGGUCGUGUGGAUCACGGCCACCAUGCCGUACGUGGUGCUGUUCGCCCUGCUUCUGCGAGGGAUCACGCUCCCCGGAGCCGUGGACGGCAUCAAAGCCUACCUGAGCGUGGACUUCCACCGGCUCCGCGAGGCGUCCGUUUGGAUUGACGCCGCCACCCAGAUAUGCUUCUCGCUGGGCCUGGGGUUUGGGGUGCUCAUCGCCUUCUCCAGUUACAACGAAUUCACCAACAACUGCUACAGAGAUGCCAUCAUCACCACCUCAGUCAACUCCCUGACGAGCUUCUCUUCCGGCUUCGUGGUCUUCUCCUUCCUGGGGUACAUGGCCCAGAAGCACAGCGUGCCCAUCGCGGACGUGGCCAAGGACGGGCCCGGGCUGAUUUUCAUCAUCUACCCCGAGGCGCUGGCCACACUCCCGCUGUCCUCGGCCUGGGCCGCGGUCUUCUUCGUCAUGCUGCUCACCCUGGGGAUCGACAGCGCGAUGGGCGGGAUGGAGUCGGUGAUCACCGGGCUCACGGACGAAUUCCAGCUGCUGCACAGGCACCGGGAGCUCUUCACCCUCUUCAUCGUCCUGGUGACCUUCCUGCUCUCCCUCUUCUGCGUCACCAACGGUGGCAUCUAUGUCUUCACGCUGCUGGACCACUUCGCGGCCGGCACGUCCAUCCUCUUCGGAGUGCUCAUCGAGGCCAUCGGGGUAGCCUGGCUGUACGGCGUGUGGCAGUUCAGCGAUGACAUCAAGCAGAUGACCGGGCAGCGGCCCAGCCUCUACUGGCGGCUGUGCUGGAAAUUCGUCAGCCCCUGCUUCCUCCUGUUUGUGGUCGUGGUCAGCGUCGUGACCUCCAGACCCCCGCACUACGGAGACUACGUCUUCCCCGAGUGGGCCAACGCGCUGGGCUGGGCUGUCGCCGCAUCCUCCAUGUCUCUCGUGCCUGUCUACGCAGCCUACAAGCUCUGCAGCCUGCCCGGGUCCCUGCGCGAGAAAGUGGCCUACGCUAUCACGCCCGAGAAGGAGCACGAGCUGGUGGACGGAGGGGAGGUGCGCCAGUUCACGCUGCGCCACUGGCUCCUAGUGUAG